CUGUCAAUCUCAGCCGGGAAACUAGCGGCAUCACGGUAUUAUAUUAUCCAUCUGGUCUACUCUCGGAACGAGUGGGGAAUUCUCGAGAAAUCAACAUGAAACGUCACGGGUUUUUGUGCCCUUUGACAUUUAUUUGCGCUUGUGUCCUUAUCGCUGCCGUCUGCUCAGUGAAAGGAGAUUACUGUGAAGUGAAUCUCUGCCAUAACGGAGGGACGUGUGUGACCGGGGUGGGGGAGGACCCAUUCAUCUGUAUCUGUGCUGAUGCUUUUACUGGAGACACCUGCCACCUCAAUGAGACUGGUCCCUGCAUUCCCAACCCCUGCAGGAAUGAUGGGUCGUGUGAGGUCAUCACUCCGACCAGACGAGGAGACGUGUUCAGCGAGUACGUGUGUAAAUGCCAGCCUGGCUUCGAGGGCGUGCACUGCCAGAUCAAUGUGAAUGACUGUGAGAAGCAGCCAUGUAAGAACGGUGGGAUGUGUCGAGAUCUGGAUGGUGACUACACCUGCCUGUGCCCUUCACCCUACGUUGGAAAGCAAUGCCAGCUCCGUUGUAUAUCUCUGAUGGGGAUGGAGGGAGGAGAAAUCGUAGAGUCUCAGAUCUCGGCCUCCUCUGUACACUAUGGCAUUAUGGGUCUUCAGCGCUGGGGUCCAGAACUGGCCCGGCUCAACAACCAGGGCAUGGUCAACGCCUGGACCGCCGCCAACCAUGACAAGAACCCCUGGAUGGAGAUCAACAUGCAAAAGAAGAUGCGCCUAACUGGCAUCAUCACCCAGGGUGCCAGUCGAAUGGGCAUAGCUGAGUACAUUAAGGUCUUUAAAGUGUCUUCCAGCUUUGAUGGUAAGACCUACACCCCCUACAGACCAGCGGGACAGAGGAAGGACAAGGUGUUUGUGGGUAACAUUGAUAAUGACAGCACCAAGACCAACCUGUUUGACCCUCCCAUCGUGGCCCAGUUCAUCCGCGUCAUUCCUGUGGUGUGUCGCAAGGCCUGCACCCUGCGUAUGGAGCUGGUGGGCUGUGAGCUCAAUGUAUAUUCCAACACGACAGGUUGCUCUGAGCCAAUGGGCAUGAAGUCCCGCCUUGUCUCUGAUGGACAGCUCUCGGCGUCCAGUGCCUUCCGCACCUGGGGCAUUGAUGCCUUCACCUGGCACCCACAGUUCGCCCGGCUAGACAAACAGGGCAAGACCAACGCCUGGUCCCCCGCCACUAACAACCGCUCAGAGUGGCUACAGGUUGACCUGGAAAAGACCAAGCAUCUGACAGGCAUCAUCACCCAGGGGGCCAAGGACUUUGGGGUGGUGCAGUUUGUGUCCGCCUUCAAAGUGGCCUAUAGCGACGACGGACAGGCCUGGAACCUGGUGAAGGAUGAGAACACCAACACAGAGAAGAUUUUCCAAGGCAACAUUGACAACAACAUGCAUAAGAAGAACCUGUUUGAGCCUCCGUUCUACGCCCGCUACCUGCGCGUUGUGCCCUGGGAGUGGCAAGAGCGCAUCACCCUGCGCAUGGAGCUGCUGGGCUGUGACUACUAGAACUACAUUACCCAUAAUCCACCAGUGCUCCACCCAGUCU